GAAGCAGAGACGGUGACAGCAGAGGUGGGACGUGGGGGAAAGCUGCGGCCGUCCCAAGGCUCCAUCGAGAGUGAGAGUGGUGGGGGUCAGUGCACCCUGCGCCUGCCACCCUCAACUGGGCACCAAAACCUUGGAGCGGCGCUCGGCUGUGCGCCUGGAGAACUGCAAGUGCAGAUCUGGACUCUGCAUGUUCAAGAGUGACCAGUAAAAGAGAUGUGUAAACCAACAUGUAUUGAAUGGAAACUGUUCUGGGGAGUAUCUGGGAUCUUUGCUCUGUCCUGCUUACUGAAUGAAAAGAUGACUUACAAGUACUUCAGGAAGGUACCAGGGAUUGAACUCCGGUCCUUCUACUUGCAAGGCAGGCGUCGGAACCACUGAGCUAAAUCCCCAGCCCUCUGUGGCUUUUUCAUCUGUCUACCUAUUGGGAAAGUCUCAGAGGCUGUAUUUCUUCAUUCUCUUCUGAUAUAGAAAAGUCUCUUAAGUUCCCAAGCAAGGACAGGAAUAAAGAAGAGAUGUGUGUGUUAGCUUCAGCCUUUUGAGUCACACACACAAAGGAAAUCAAGGUGUGGACAGAGCUGGAACCAUUGCCACACUCGUUGGAAUAAAUGAGGAAUGGACUUGUGAUUAUGCUGACAUUUCAGCAUGAAUCUGGUAGACCUGUGGUUAACCCGUUCCCUCUCCAUGUGUCUCCUCCUACAAAGUUUUGUUCUUAUGAUACUGUGCUUUCAUUCAGCCAGUAUGUGUCCCAAGGGCUGUCUUUGUUCUUCCUCUGGGGGUUUAAACGUCACCUGUAGCAAUGCAAAUCUCAAGGAAAUACCUAGAGAUCUUCCUCCUGAAACAGUCUUAUUGUAUCUGGACUCCAAUCAGAUCACAUCUAUCCCCAAUGAGAUUUUUAAGGACCUCCAUCAGCUGAGAGUUCUCAACCUGUCCAAAAACGGUAUUGAGUUUAUUGAUGAGCAUGCCUUCAAGGGAGUAGCUGAGACUUUGCAGACUCUAGACUUGUCCGACAAUCGGAUUCAAAGUGUGCACAAAAAUGCCUUCAAUAACCUGAAGGCUCGGGCCCGAAUUGCCAACAACCCCUGGCACUGUGACUGUACUCUACAGCAAGUUCUGAGGAGCAUGGCAUCCAAUCACGAGACAGCCCACAAUGUGAUCUGUAAGACUUCUGUAUUGGAUGAACAUGCAGGGAGACCAUUCCUCAAUGCUGCCAAUGAUGCUGACCUUUGUAACCUUCCUAAAAAAACUACUGAUUAUGCCAUGCUCGUCACCAUGUUUGGCUGGUUCACCAUGGUGAUCUCAUAUGUGGUGUAUUAUGUGAGGCAAAAUCAGGAGGAUGCCCGGAGACACCUUGAGUACUUGAAAUCCUUGCCAAGUAGGCAAAAGAAAGCAGAUGAACCAGAUGACAUUAGCACUGUGGUAUAAUGUUAAAACUGACUGGCUUUGAAAGAAAGUAGUUUGCAAUUACAGUAGAAUAAGUGGUUUACUUCUCCCACCCAUUGUAAACAUUUAAAAACUUUGUAUUUCACUUUCUUUUGAAUUAUGCCACUGUUGAACUUUUAACAUAACAUAACUUUAGCUUAGGUGACCUACCCCCUUAACUGUGCCCCUGGUGGUAUAUUUCUGAGUAAGCUACUAUCAAAACAUUAGUUAGAACCAUCUCACUAUUUAAUAAUGAAAUUUAUUUUUUUAAUUUAAAACCAAAUAAAAGCUUAACUUUGAACCAUG